CUGAAUAUGUAUGUAGAAAGCUUGUUUUUGCAUGUGUGUAUGUUUGUGUAUGCAUACAGGUUGUAUACGUUCUACUUACACACAUUACAUAAUGUAUAGAUUAAGAGAUCGGGUGGCUCUUGGCAAUUGGCCAAAAAAGGACCACCUCUCGGGGUCAAGAGUCAAUAUAAGGCUUUAGCUUUAAACUCCACAUCUUCACCGGCAAGAUGCAUCUGACUGACUCCCUGCUCAUCCUGCUCCUCAGCCUCCCAGCACUGCUGUGUAACCGAGCCGUGUGGCAGUUCAGAGGGAUGAUCCUCUGCACCGUACCUGACAGCUGGCCGGUGUUUGACUACGCUGACUAUGGCUGCUACUGCGGGCUGGGAGGCUCUGGCACACCUGUUGAUGAGCUUGACAGAUGCUGUCAGGUCCACGACCGGUGCUACAGCAAGGCCAUUCGGCACGAGGAAUGCAGGCCCAUACUGGACAACCCGUACACUGAACUAUACAGCUACAGGUGUGACGAGGCCAGCAAGACCAUCACCUGCCUGAAUGGCAACAAUCCCUGUGAGAGGUUCAUCUGUGAGUGUGACAGGAUUGCAGCCAUGUGCUUCGCCAAAGCAGGUUAUAACGAAGAAAACGCCCAUCUUCCCAGCGCCCGCUGCAAGUAA